CCAUGGCUUGCGGCGCCACUUUGAAAAGGACUCUGGAUUUCGACCCGCUGCUGAGCCCGGCGUCCCCGAAGCGAAGGCGAUGUGCGCCAUUGUCAGCCCCGGCCUCAGCCGCCUCCUCCUCCUUCGCCGCCGCUGCCUCCUCCCCGCAGAAAUACCUGCGCAUGGAGCCCUCGCCCUUCGGAGAGGUGUCGUCCCGGCUCACCACAGAACAAAUUCUGUACAACAUAAAACAGGAGUACAAACGCAUGCAGAAGAGAAGACAUUUAGAAAAUAGCUUCCAGCAGACAGAUCCUUGUUGUUCUACUGAUGCACAGCCACAUGCAUUUCUCCUUACUGGACCAGCUUUGCCAGGUACUUCAUCUGCAGCAUCAUCACCAUUGAAAAAAGAACAGCCCCUGUUUACUCUCAGACAGGUUGGAAUGAUCUGUGAACGUUUGCUGAAAGAACGUGAAGAGAAAAUCCGUGAAGAGUAUGAAGAAAUUUUGACCACAAAACUUGCAGAACAAUAUGACGCAUUUGUGAAGUUCACGCAUGAUCAGAUCAUGCGACGAUAUGGAGAACAGCCUGCCAGUUAUGUUUCAUGAAUCACACUUUCUGCAUAUGUGGGCUGCCCUAUACACCCUGUUUUAUUGUUGCAAGCUAUCCCAGUAAAGACUUGCAGCAAUGCCAUAUUUUUUCCCCCCUGUGAACACAGGUUAUUUCAAGCUUUUGUCAGUGGCAACCACUCUUAUGCAGCAACUGGUUUUGGAGUGCUCCCUGAUGUCAGUACCACCUGGAUGUGGACCUUUGCUACCUGUAAUAAUACCAGUGGCCUCAUUUGCUGUAUCAUUACGAUUUGGCUUCUUAUGUUAAUGAGUUUGAAAAAGUAAAGGAUUAAAGCUGGUGUUCUAGAAGUUGCCCUUCACUGGUUGUGUAAAUAAAAAUGUAGAAUGACACUUCUGACUGAAGUUAGUGUGGUUUUCAUAACUGCACUACAACUGAGCUGUAAUCACAGUUAAGUUAGAAUGUACUCCCAGGACAAUUUUAAGCAAAUAGCCCACAGUACUGCCUGUGAAAUAGUGAAGGAGGGCAUUUCUGUAUUCCAUGAAUUUUUUGGGGGUUAAGAAUGGGUUUAUAUGAUUUCUCAUUUUUGUAGUUUUUAUUUAUUCUAUCAGUCUUUAACAAAUGUUUAUUGCUGCAAUUUUUCAGUGUAUCAUUGUUUUACUGCCCUUGUAGUACUGGAAUUUAGUUGGAAGAAUAAAACAUUUACUUCUAA